AUGCUAAAGCUUAGGGCGAAGGCGAUAAUUGCAAAGUGUCUUCAGAAUAGGUUCCUUAAGAAGGGGGAGAUUACUGAAGAGAUGGUGAAUCCUAUUUUGAGGGAGAUAAAAACAUCACUUCUGGGAUCGGACGUUAAUCUUGAGGUUGUUAAGACUUUUCUUCAGGAGGUUAAGGAUGAUUUGCUGGUAAGGAAGGACUAUUCCAUUUCGGAGGAGGUGGAUGUUGCCAUUCUGUCUGCCAUUAGAAAGAAGUUGGUGAAGGUUCUUGGUGAGAGGGACAUGGACCUUAACUACAACGAAAACAGACUAAAUAAGAUUCUUUUGGUUGGAUUGAAUGGUGCUGGUAAGACCACAACCACUGCUAAGCUUGCUAAGUUUGCAAAGAAGAGUUAUAGAUCCUCCGUGAAGAAUGUCAGCUUUGAUUCUCAUAGGCCAGGGGCCUUUGAUCAGUUGUCGCAACUUUCGGUUCCGGAGGGCAUACCAUGCUUUAAGGUUGACGCUAAGAAGGAUGUGAAGGAGGAAAUUAGAGCGCAGAUUAUUCAGGCCGAGGAGGAGAAUCAUAAAUUCAUAUUCUUUGACAGCUAUGGGUUGAUGCCUGAAAAUAAUGAGUUUUUGGAGCAGAUGGUGAAGAUUAAAGAGAUUAUUAAACCUCAUGAGAUUCUCUAUGUUAUUGAUGCCAUGUCUGGACAAGAGAUUCUUGAAGUGGUUAGGAAGUUUCAUGAUGCUUUGGGUCUUACUGGAUUCAUAGUGAGUAAAGCGGAUUCCCAUGCUCCGAUGGGGGGUGUGUUUUCGGUUUCCUACAUGAUGAAACUUCCCAUCAAGUUCAUUGGUAAGGGGGAGACAAUCGAUGAUCUUGAGAAGUUUCAUCCGGACAGGAUCGCCUCGGUGAUUCUUGGGGAGGGGGAUGUUCUGGGUCUUGCCGAGAAGAUGGAGGAUCGUUUGAAUGAGGACUUUACCAAGAGGAUGAUGACUAGGUUUCUGAAUGGUAGAUUUGAUUUGGAUGAUUUGGUUAUGCAGAUAGCCGAGAUAAGGAAGUUGGGAUCUGGAUCUGUUGGGAAGAUUAUGGGAAUGCUUCCGGAUAGUUUUUUUCCUAGAGGAUCUCUGGAUAUAGAGACGCUGGAGAAUAACCUUAGAACUUGGGAGAUUCUACUUUCUUCCAUGACAAGAAAGGAACGUAGGGAUCCUAAACUAUUCAAGACGCAGCCAAAUAGAAAGGGCUUCGUGGUUGGGAACGUCGUUGCAGACCCCCAAACCGGAGUAGCCCAAAAUUCAAACAAUUAUGCCAGAUUGUCGGUUGCCUGUGACAAUAGGUUAACUAGAGGAGAGUCUCCUGAAACCCAUUUCUUUGAUUUGGUGGCCUGGGGCAAGAAUGCAACUUUUAUUCAGAAUUUUGUGAAGAAAGGGGACAAGAUAUGCGCAGAGUUCCGAAUUGCGAAUAAUUCUUAUAUUAAUAAGGACGGGGCUAAGGUUAAAAAGAUGGAUUUUUUAAUAUAUUCGGUUGAGAAGCUUUCUUCUGGAUCAUCUAGUAGACGGGAGGGACAGGAACCUAAAACCGAAGAGGCCAAUAAUGAACACAGGGAUGACGUUAUACCAAACGUGUCUCUGGAAGAUCUAGGUCUGUCCUAG